GGGGGUCAUGACACUAUUUAUACAAGGUGGUGGCAGCACGUCUCUUCUCCGAGGCGGUGCAAAGAUGUUUCCUGAGGCGACCACCAGGGGAGCAUUUUGCUCGCCGGUCGAAGUUGCAGAGGCGUUAAGCGUCCAGUCGGCAACUUGUUCUACACUAUGGUUGGUUCUAGAGGCUCAAUGUUGUCCAUAGAAUCCCGAAAUGCUCGCUUCCCAGCACCUCAAAUUAUUUAUUUUCGAGCAAAUCUGGUGAUUGCGUGUCUCGGAAAUUAGACGGGUAGGCGGGCUUGCACAACCACACGGUUAAUAAAUAAAUAGAAUAAAUAAGGUGAUUCAUGCAAGGCCAAUUAAACCACCAUUGGCAGACCGCUAUUUCGACGGGUCGUUGCGCUGGUAACCCAAAAAUCCCUGUGCGCGACUCUCUGGCAGCAGGUCCAAGUAUCUGUUAGCGAGGUUGCGGCAGUCCUCGUAUGCGUUGGGGCCGUUGACUUUGAAACAGUUCUCAAGAGCCUUUCUCACGAUCUUGAGCACCUCCAACUUGAUGAACUGCUCUCUCAUGAGUGACUCCUGAGCUUUCUUCAGCUCCAAUGGGUCGCGGUAGUCAAUAUCAUCGAACGAGACAUCUGGGCUUUUCUUAAACGGUUUGACUGGCAUUAGAUUGUGGAUCAGGAGGACUUACCUGCCAUAUUUGAGGGGUAAAAGUAGUUAUUCCCUAAAAAAUAUUUGAUUCCACUUGUUCUGUGCAAGGGUGUAUGUCGUCUACUUGUGGAUCCAGGGUGUAUUUUUAUUUUUCUGUUCCAAGUGUUCAACUUUGUUUAGCAAUGGCCAAUUCGUCUACUGCCCAGCCGUUGUUGAGCUUCAACGCACAAUUUAUUGCCAUAGCUCACACGGUGUGCUCCCUGACUGCUUUUUUGGCAGCUCUAGGUGUUGGUUAUUGGCUCCAUUUUUACAAGAUCGUCCAGAACGAGCACUAUGGUUACCCCGAUGAGUGGUUCCCCAGCGUGUCUGCCACCAUCGGUGACCGGUAUCCAGAGCGGUCAGUGUUUCAGAUUCUGAUUGCUCUCACUUCUGGGCCGAGAUUUCUGCUGCUUUUCAUCAGCUACAUUGUUUUGUACAGGCAAGACUCGAUCUUUCCGAUCUUGGGCCUUGUCACCGGUCUGAUAAGAACCGUCACCUGCGGAGGAUGGGUCUACAUCACCUCCACUGACGACCACGAUUUCCAUGACAUUUUCAUGAUCUCGUAUAUCGUUCUGACCAUUCCCUGGGACAUGGCUGUCACCAAGCUGUCACCCACCGGCUCCAAGAUCAGGAGAUACAGAAAAUACACGGCAUUUGCGUUUUUCUUCAUGCUUGUGCCGCUCGUCUAUCUCUUCAUCCAGCACAAGGUGCACAAGGUUCCAGGAGCAUACUCAUACUACGCCUACUGUGAAUGGUCGCUAAUUUUUCUGGAUAUUGGAUUCGAUGCCUGGUCGAUCUGCGACUUCAAAGAUCUCACCAUCGAAAUUGUUUCCACGUCCAAAGAUGCCACUAUGUUCUCCACGAGCUUCAAAACAUCAACGACCACGGCCAAAGAGCCAAAGUUGCACGCGAAACCCACUCAACAAGGCGCAUCUUUAUUCCAGCUCACAGUGGACGUGAUCAACGCUUUUAUUUUCUGGUCCAUGUACUCGUCGCUGUUCUUGUUGAUCUGGUACUUUCCUCUGUGGCACAUGGGGAUCUCGGGCUACGAGACUGCCUGUUUGACUCUGCUGUCUCCUAUUCUUCUUUUGAUCCCAGGAACUCCAAAAUUGGCUGCCACUUAUCCGCAGAUCAUCAAGGCUGUUUCGUGUUUGCUGGGCGUGGGAUCCUACUUGGUUGCUGACCCAGCUUCCAGACUACUCACUGCCGCUGCCGGUAUUGGUCUGGCCACCAUAUCGCUGAGCUGCGACAUCUGGACGCUUGGAAAUCAAAAAGACAGUCUGGCCAUCAAGACUUAUGCUAUCACCUUCGUUCUUGGCCUCACACUCUCAGCCAUUGCAAAAUUCGCAUUUUGGACCAACAAUCCGAUCUGGCCAAUUAUGAACAAGGACACUGGAGGCUGGAACAUGACUGGUCUGAUUGUGGGUGUCAUCUCUGCACUUUUCACCAGACUACCUAAUCCUGCUCCGCUUUCCGAGAAGGACAUUAAAAUCAGAAAACCCUCGUUCUUGCUCACCGCAAUGGGUUUCGGCUCUCUGAUAUACUCCAUGAGCGCCAUGCUCACCGACUCUUCCACCAUCAUUCUCUGGAACUGGGAGGGUUAUCCUAUUCGCGGGCCUAUCCCUGUUCCCCACGGAGCCAUCACUCUGAUCACCAUGUGUGCAGGCAGUUUCUUUGGACUUUACAAAUAUAAUGGCUACAAGAAAGUCACCUAUGCAGGAGUGCUCGGUGCCAUCGUGCUGUACGCUUUCAAUGGAUGGCUGGGUUAUAUUGGAGGAAUGGCGUAUGCUUUUUGGUUAUGCUACAUAACCCCGCUGUGUUUCCACCAUGUCUCGAAGCAUACGUCUUUGGGUGCCAUUUUUUGCGUCUCUUUCCUCUUCACGAUCAUUCUCUCGCUCAUGCAUGUUUGGGUUGUCGCAUAUGCCUUUGUUCCUGGCGGACCGCUGUUGCGUGAAAGAUCCGACAUUGUUCUUGGACUGUCUGUCCUGAUGAUUGUUGGGCUGGUGUAUGACUACCAGCCACUUGAGGUCAACAGCAAACAGCUGCACUCUGUUUUAAGGAAAUUGGCCAAUCACCUCGUGCUCCUGACUCUGCUAUCCUGCUGGAUAGCGUUUGCUCGCUCCAAUUUCGAGAAACCAAAGCCGUACCACCCGAAGUCGAGAAUCAUGACAGCAGGUAUCUGGACCAUCCAUUUUGGUCUCGACAACGAUAUGUGGGCCUCAGAGCAUCGCAUGCGCGACCUGAUCAAGGAUCUCGAGCUGGACGUUGUCGGUUUGCUCGAAUCCGACACUCAAAGAAUCAUCAUGGGCAAUAGAGACCUGACUCAGAGAAUCGCAGAGGAGCUCGAGAUGUACGUCGACUUUGGGCCGGGACCAAACAAGCACACCUGGGGAGCCGCACUGCUGUCCAAGUUCCCUAUUCUGAACUCCACCCACCACUUGCUCCCGUCGCCAGUCGGAGAGCUGGCCCCGGCCAUCCAUGCCACGCUGGACUGCUACGGCGAACUGGUCGACGUGGUGGUGUUCCAUUCCGGACAGGAGGAAGAUGUUGAGGACCGCAGAUUACAGAGCCUUGCGGUUGCAGACAUCAUGGGCAGCUCGGAGCGGCCAAUGGUUCUGCUGAGCUACCUCGUGACAGAUCCUCUCAAGGGCAACUACAACACUUACGUGAGCGAAAAAUCGGGCAUGCACGACAUCGACCCGACGGACGACGACCGCUGGUGCGAGUACAUUCUGUACAAAAAGAUGAAACGCACAGGCUAUGCCCGAAUCAGCAGGGGCACCAUCACAGACACGGAGGUGCAGGCCGGCAAGUUUGUGAUCCCUGUAAAUGGACACUAUGAUGAGACGUACUCACAGAAACGAAUCGAUGAGAAGGACGUGCCGCCUGAUAUGAGGUUCCCCUCGAUAUUCUAUGGCGACGGUGUUCGCGAGCACCGGUUCCAUGUAUUUGACGAGCCCAGAUAUUUUACAUAGACUUUAUCAGUCAUGAUAAAAAUAG